UCUACGCUCGUGACGCUGCGCCCUCCACCGGAAGUGAGGCGCUGCUUUCUACGUCACUUUCCCCAACAGCGCGAAAAGUGUAGUUUCAUGUCUGAAGUAAAACCACUGACCGAGCAAAAAUGUCGAAGAUAGACAAGAUGAGCAUCUUGGGGGUGAGGAGCUUCGGCAUUGAGGAUAAAGACAAACAAGUCAUCUCUUUCUUUACGCCUUUAACUGUUCUGGUUGGACCCAACGGAGCCGGAAAAACGACCAUUAUUGAAUGUCUUAAGUAUGCAACUGCGGGAGAGCUUCCCCCUGGAUCUAAAGGAGGGGCUUUUGUUCAUGAUCCUAAGGAUGCCCACGAGACAGAUGUGCGAGCUCAGAUUCGACUGUUGUUCUCGGACGUAAACGGAGAGAAAGUAACCAUACAUCGCUCCAUGUCUUGCACGCAGAAGGCAAAGAACAACACCUUCAAAAGCUUAGAGCAGGUUAUCACCCGAAUGAAAGAUGGUGAGAAGGUGAGCUUGUCUUCCAAGUGUGGUGAGCUGGACCGGGAGAUGAUUUCUGCGUUGGGUGUAUCAAAGGCUGUGCUGAACCAUGUCAUUUUCUGUCACCAAGAAGAGUCGAACUGGCCGCUUAGUGAAGGCAAAGCACUCAAAGACAAGUUUGACUCCAUCUUUGCUGCAACCAAAUAUAUCAAAGCUCUGGAGACCAUGCGUCAGCUGCGUCUCAAACAAACCCAGACGGUCAAAGAGUGUGUGGUGGAGCUGCGGUACCUGAAGCAGAACAAGGAGAAGGCUCAGCAGAUUAGAGAGACUGUGGCGACUAAAGAGGCUCAGCUGACAGCCUCAAAAGAUAGCGUCCAGCAGAUCGAGAACCAGAUUGAUCCACUUGAGAGCCGACUGUUGGAUAUUGACAUGAAAUUUGGGAAAGUUAUGAAACUGGACAACGACAUCAAGGCUCUAGACAGCAGGAAGCAACAAAUGGAGGAAGAUAACAAAGAGCUGGAGGAAACAAUGGAACAAGUGUUCCAGGGUUCAGAUGAGGAGCUGCAGGAUGUUUACCAGAACCACCAGAGGACUGUGAGGGAGAAGGAGCGGAGGCUCACUGACUGCCAGAAGGAGCUGGAGAGAGCUGGCAGAGAGUGUCAGAAACUCAACAGAAUCAAAGCUGAACUCCUCGUAGAGCAAGGCCGUCUACAGCUGGAAGCUGAUCGUCACACUCAGUGCAUCAAAAGUCGCGACGUUCAGGUCCGCUCCUUAUCGUCCUUCCUGGAGAUGGAGGGAUACGACAGACCACCAUUCUCAUCUCUCCAGCUUGAGAGCUUCCAUCAACAUGUUACUCAGAGGCUGGAGCAAGAAAAAGAGACCCACAAUCAGGUUAUGACUGACCUGCAGGAAAAGGAGCAACAGAAGCAGCAGUGCAUUGAUGACAUGAGAGAUAAGAAGACCAGCCUGGAGAGAACGGUGGAGCUGAAGAGAGACCUGCAGGGAAAGAAGCAGCAAGAGCUGAGGAACAUCAGAGCAGACCUGCAGAGGCUCGAGGGCUCAUCUGGCCGGCUGCACGAACUGGAGAGUGAAUUGGUUAAAGCGGAGCGUGAGUUGCAGAGUGCAGUGCAGAGCUCUAAUGUGGAGGAGCUGAAGGCUGAGGUUGAAGAACUCCAGAGGGAAAAGACUGAGCUCGAUCGCACGCAGAGACAGCUCGACCAAGAAAUGCAAACCCUCAACACACACACAACUGCCCGCACACAGAUGGACAUGUUGAAAAAGGAUAAGACCGAAAAGGAGGAGCAGGUGAGAAAGAUCAAGUCACGUCACAGCGAGGAUCUUGUGUCUCUUCUGGGCCACUUUCCCAACAAGAGAGAGCUAGAGGAUUGGAUUUAUUCCAAGUCCAAGGAAAUUAACGGAACCAGGGAGAAACUUGCAAAGCUCAAUAAGGAUUUGGCAUCUAGUGAGCAGAAUAAAAGCCACAUCGCUGCUGAGCUGCGAAAGAAGGAGCAGCAGCUGGUCACGGAUGAGGAAAAGUUCUUCAAUGUGUGCGGCAGUCAGGAUCUGGAACAGGACCUGGGCAAAAUGCAGGAGGAUUUGGAAAAGAUAUCCAAACAAAGAGCCAUGCUGGCCGGAGCCACCGCGGUGUACAGCCAGUUCAUCAGCCAGCUGACGGAGGACAGGGAGCCCUGCUGUCCCGUGUGUCAGCGAACCUUUCCCGCAGAGUCCGACCUGCAGGAAGUAAUCAGCGACAUGCAGUCCAAGCUCCGCCUGGUGCCGGACAAACUGAAGAACACCGAGCAGGACCUGAAGAGGAAGGAGAGGAAGAAAGAUGAGAUGAUGGCUCUAAGACCCGUCAGACAGUCCAUUGUACAGCUUCAAGAAAAGGAGCUGCCUGAGCUGAGAAACCGUCUGCAGACCGUGAACAGAGAAAUCGAAAGACUCAAGGCAGAUGUGGAAGAGCAAGAGACUCUGCUUGCUACCUUGAUGUCUGAAGAGGAAACAGCCAAGGCCUGCCUGCAGGACAUAUCUCUUAUGGACAGAUAUUUGAUGGACCUUAAAGAAGUGGAGAGGAAAAUAGCUCAACACGCAGCCAAACUCAUGGGAAUAGACCUAACCAGGACCAUCCAACAAGUUAGUCAGGAGAAACAAGAGACUCAGCACAAGCUGGACACGACCUGCAGUAAGAUGGAGCUGAAUCGUAAGCUGAUCCAGGACCAGCAGGAUCAGAUUCAGGGGCUGAAAAGCGUGGUGAAUGAGACGAGGGCAGAGAAGCUGCAGCUGAGCAGCGACAUGCAGAAGCAGCAGCAGCUGGAGGAGCAGUGUGUGGAGUUCACCACAGAGAUCCAGGCCCUAACCCGGGACAUCCGGGAGGCAAAGGAGCAGCUGUUGCCUCUGUCUGCUGCUCUGGAGAAGCUGCAGCAGGAGAAACAGGACAUGGCAGAACACAAGAGGCAGAGGCAGGAAGAAGGCCAGGAGAAGAUCAAUGCCAUUAAAGAACGAGUUAAGACUAUCACCUCAUUGGAGCGAGAGAUUACUAAAUACGUAGAAGAUGGAAAGGAAGAAUACAAAGAGCAAAAAGAGUCCGAGCUCCAAGAGACCAACACUCAGCUCCAUGAAGCGGAAAAGCAGAAAGAGAAGAUCACGAAGGAAAUGGGAAACAUCCGACAGGACAUAGAUACACAAAAGGUGUUUGUUUGUUUUUCUCUGGCAUUCAGCAUCAUUUUAGUCCAAGAGCGCUGGCUACAGGACAAUCUGACCCUGAGGAAGCGUGUUGAGGAGCUGAAGGAGGUUUUGGCUAAACGUGAAGCUCUGAUGAAAGACAUGGGCAACAUGCAGGUCCUGCAGCUGCGCCAAGAACGCCGGGAAGCAGAGCGGAGGUUGGAGGAUUUGAAAAAGAACCGCAGCAUCGCACUGGGGCGCCAGAAGGGCUUCGAGGAGGAAAUUCUGCAUUACAGGAAAGAGCUGCGUGAAGAGCAGUAUGACAAAGCUGAUGAGCGCUACAAAAGCAAGAUGAUCAUUAUGAGGACAACAGAGUUGGUCAUUAAAGACCUGGAUCUCUACUACAAAGCUCUGGACCAGACCAUCAUGAAAUUCCACGGCAUGAAGAUGGAUGAGAUCAAUAAGAUCAUCAGAGACCUGUGGCGCAGCACCUAUAGGGGUCAAGACAUCGAGUACGUGGAGAUCCGAUCCGACGUGGACGAGAACGCCUCGGCGGGCGGGAGGCGGCGCGUCUACAACUACAGGGUGGUGAUGGUGAAGGGGGACACGGCGCUGGACAUGCGGGGCCGCUGCAGCGCCGGCCAGAAGGUGCUGGCGUCCCUGAUCAUCCGGCUGGCUCUGGCCGAGACGUUCUGUCUGAACUGCGGGAUCCUGGCCCUGGACGAGCCCACCACCAACCUGGACAGGGAGAACAUCGAGUCCCUGGCACACGCUCUUGUGGAAAUUAUCAAGAGUCGCUCCCGCCAGCGGAACUUCCAGCUGCUGGUCAUCACGCACGACGAAGACUUUGUGGAGCUGCUGGGGCGCUCCAGCUACAUCGAGCACUUCUACCGCAUCCGCAAGAAUCAGGACCAGAACUCGGAAAUCGCAAAGUGCAGCAUCUCGUCCCUCUCCUCCUACCUCCACUGAGCACACAAACGCACACAGAUCCUUAGCUCCCAAAGGUCCAGCUGUCGGUCAGCUAGCCGUGUGGAAGUGUAGCUGAUUUAGGUUGGGUAUUCGCUUUCCUCUGGACAAAGACUCUGCUCACACCAACAUGCGCAGGAAUGUUUCCGCGAUGCAAAGUGAUCUGAGGUACCAACUCAAUCCACAGAAUCAUUUCCCUAUUCUGUCCCAGUCCUGGUUGAUAGAGUCAAAAGAAAAGAAAAUGCAAACAUUAUGUUGUUUUUUUUUCAAUUCUUAAACUGUUCAUCCCAUUGAUAUCUGCAUCUCUCUGUUAACCCAAAGUUGGCCAAAGUGCCUGAAAUAGCCAAACCAGAAGUUUGUAUUUUAUAUAUUUUGAUAAUCCUCAGAAGAUGAAUCAAAAACACCAGUUCUUCCGACAGACAUGACACUUUUGAUUGAACAAGUUGAUGUGAUUUAUUUUUCUUUUUUAUUUAGAAUAUCAGUAUCAAUUCCUCUACAUCUACAUUAACACUUGUAGUUGUUCUCAAGACUGAAUUUCUGCAGUGACAACUGAGUAAGGCGUGUGUGAGAGUUCAUGUUUCAAAUUUCCAAGACAAUGUUCAAGUAAUAAAUAAGUUCUGAAGCACUAAGGCUUUUUUUCCACUUUAUUAACCGACCCAUUUGUUUCAGAGAAAACCCACUUCAGUUUUGUGAAGUUGCUCAUCAACCACAGCUUAAUCUUAUCUCUGUCCCCGACACACACACACACACACACA